AUGAGUCCUAGAGCUGCUUUAAAUGUUGCUUUGGAAAGAGCUAUCUAUGAAAGAAACUGCAAUGAGGUUAAAAUACUUAUUGCAGCUGGAGCUGACAUUAAUCAUACACUGAAUGAACAUCUCGAUACUAUGUUACACAAAGCAAAAACUGCCGGUAUUGCUCGUGAUCUUUUAGGAUACAGUGCUAAUGUAAAUGCUAGAAAUUUAUUUGACCGAACACCGUUGCAUACAGCUGUUCUUGACGGUAGAUCAGCCGAUUUAGUGCAAACACUGAUUGAACAUGGACCCAAUGUAAAUGCAAAGGAUUCUGAUGGACUUACUCCGCUACACUAUGCCGUUAAAAGUAAGAAAGUUGAUCUCAUUAAAUGCCUGGUUAUGAAUAAUGCUAAUAUUUCUUUUAAGGAGGUCUUAACUGAUCUUUCGCCCUUAUGCAGUGCCAUGUUACAAGAAGAUAUGAUAGGUGUUCAAGCGUUGAUUAAAUAUGGAUUAUUGAAAGAUUUCGAAGACAACUAUUCAAGGGUCUUCAAGACAAUCUAUUCUUCUACCAUAAUCUUCUACCAUGACAUUGACUCACACGUCUUCUUACUAACAACUUAUAAAGCGAAAAGUUCCCACAGAGGGGUCAAAAUGACCCCUUGGUAA